CAGCUCUCCUGCCACAGCCCCUCACCCCCUGAAAAUGUACACCUGCUCCAAGUUCGUCUCCACUCCCUCCUUGGUCAAGAGCGCCUCACAGCUGCUAAGCCAUCUGCUACCUGCAGUGGUGCUGAAACGACCAGAGACACUGACAGGUGAGAACCUCAGCAGCUUGGCAGUCUCACGUCCCCUUACCUCACUUGUCCCUGGCCGCAGCUUGGAAAGCAGCGCCAUUUCAAGGGACAUCGACACAACAGCCAAGUUCAUUGGGGCUGGGGCCGCCACAGUUGGGGUGGCGGGCUCUGGGGCUGGGAUUGCGACUGUGUUUGGGAGCCUCAUCAUUGGUUAUGCCAGGAACCCUUCUCUGAAACAACAGCUCUUCUCCUACACCAUUCUAGGCUUUACCCUCUAG